UUUGUGAAUAGACGAACAAGAGAACUGGGCCGAGUUCGAAUACGCAAAGCCCAGACUUUUCCUCCUUUUCUCAAUGUAUGUAACUUAUUUGUACACAGAAUAGAAUAGAAUAGACACUGCUCUCUCUCCCUCUCUCUCUCUCUCUCUCUCUGAAACUCUCUCCGAAGAGGAAGAGGGAAUGGAUAGCGACAUUGAAGAAUCGCUGAAGAAGAGACAGAGAAAGACUCCAUUCCUUGGGGAUCCUUCUUCUCGCAAGUUUGAACAGUUUGCGGUGCGUCCCUACAUAAUGGGAGAAGUGAAUUUUAUGCAAGAGGAAGAUAUUCGGUUGGAGGCAACACGAGCUAAAUUUUCAAAUGUUCUCAAAAGGCAUGGAGAGUUGACAGAGCGUCUUUCUAGGGAUUCUGACAAGAUGAUAUUUGAUCGUCUACAAAAAGAAUUUGAAGCUGCUCGUGCUUCUCAAACUGAAGAGAUAUGUUUAGAUGGCGAAGAAUGGAAUGAUGGGCUAUUAGCAACAAUAAGGGAGCGGGUUCACAUGGAGGCAGACAGAAAGGCAAUGCCAGUGGACUCAAACAUAGUUUCAGCUCCUCAUUUCCAGGAAAGAAUCACUUAUAAAGUUGGAAGUAAGGUGAUUUGUUGUUUGGAAGGGACAAGAAUUGGCAUACAAUAUGAGACAUCUUUUGCAGGAGAACUUUGUGAAUUAUACCAUUGUGUCCUUGAAAGCAAAUCAUUUCUUGAAAAGAUGACUGUCCUUGAACACACAAUUCCCUUUUUUCUACCAAUACGAGAAGCAGAAAAUGAUCUUCUUUCUUCCAAUGCGAUGAAAUUUAUAGAUUACAUUGGAGAACUUUUGCAGGCUUAUGUGGAUAGGCGUGAACAGGUUCGGCUUAUCAAAGAGUUAUAUGGAAAUCAAAUUAAAGAAUUGUUUCACAGCCUUCCAUACCACAUAGUUGAAUUUGUGCUAGAUGAUUCUGAUUGUAAGGUGACAGUAAGUCUCAGAUAUGCAGAUCUUGUUUCUGUACUUCCAACUCGAAUUAGAGUGCUUGCGUGGCCAUCCAAGAAAAGUAGUAUUAAUGCAGCAACUAUGAGCAGGAAAGAAAAUGGAGUACUGGGAAGUCACCAAAAUCCUGCUCGCUUAUCAUAUGCUGAGGAUGCCUUACGAACCAUGAGCUUACCUGAAGCAUAUGCAGAGAUUGUGUUGAAUUUGCCACGAGCACUUCAGCAAAUAUUUCAACAGAGGAGCCCCACUUUGUGAUUCAUGCAUUCAGAUCUGUACAAAGCUAUAGAAGAAAUAGUGCUGGCCUGCUGCGUAGCUCAAACUGUUUUAGCAAAAAUGGGAACCUGGUUAUCUUCUCUCUCUUUGCUCAACAGGAAACCUGAACUCAUAUCCAAGUCAAUAUUGAAACAGUAGAUUUGGUCUCAUCAGUUUGUAUGUGGGAAAAAUUUGGGUAAAGUUCCUCAGUUACUGUACCUAAUUUUCCCAAUUAAAUUUAAUUACAUGGUUUACUGGUCAAUGUAGUAGCCUAAGGGAAACCUAAUGUACCUAAUCAUGUGGUUUUUACCCUUUGUAUAUAUGUAUCUCUCUAUGAAAAUUUUGUU